UGACUGAAAUAUAAUUCAAGCGAUCCUCAAUCGUAUUUGUCGAGGAACUUUUGUCUCCUGCCAUCGAUUCGUUUUAAUGUCUAAAUAUUACCACUUCUAGGAUGACCAUUUGCUACUACUAUCAACAGGGCCGAUGCUCGUUCGGCAAUCAAUGCCGCUUCGCGCAUCCCGCACCCAACCGUUCAAGUGAGGACAUGACCAAUACGUUGGUGAAAACCGUGGAACUGGACAUGGAGACAUGGGAGAAGGGACAUCAAUGGGUGUUUUCGUGCUAUGCUCCCGCCAAGGAAGUCCAUUGCUUUCCAGACAUUGAUGACAUCAGUCCCGAAGAGAUGCGGUUUGAGGCAUACGCCAGUCGAGACUCCAAUACAAGUCAAGCAUAUCAACAAAAGUUCCAAGAGCUGCUGAGCAGUUAUGCUCUGAAACGAAAAGCCCUCGCAAAACCGAGUGAAGAGAUCAAGGGCAUUCUUCGGAGACUUUAUGCCAAAGAAAAGGUGGUUUUACCACCGGGAUCAAAUGUGUUCAAUGCCGCGGCCAAUGUCGGGAGCAUCUUCGGGGGCAGUGCCACUACCGCGAACUCUUCCAACAUUUUCCAAAACCGAACCAACCAACAACCCUUUGGCGGCACGCAAAGCAAUGCCGCUUCCAUUUUUGGAGGAGGUCAGCCAACGCCUUCCAACUCUAUUUUUGGUGGUGGAUCAACAUCGCUAACCGGGGGCAAGCCCGCGAUAUUUGGUGGUGGUUCAACCGCGAAUAAUCAAAGUGCGCCAAGCCCAUUCUCCUCAGGGAUUCCAAAUGGCUCUUCAUCCAUUUUUGGAGGAGCUAGUACAACGCAAUCUCCAGGAUCCUCCAUAUUUGGAGGAGCUAAUCAAAACCAAGCAUCCCCUUCGACAUUUACAUCGAGUACCAAAUCGCCCUUUGGUCAAAGCCCCUUUGGUCAGCCUACUGCCAACACGUCGAGCAUCUUCGGGGGUAGCUCCCAACCUCAAAUGCAACAGUCCAUGUCCGGGACUAAUACUACGUUUGGACAACCCCAGAAUUCUAAUCCAAGUGGGAGUGUCUUUGAUCAGGGUCAAUCAAAACUGUCGUCACCUUUCAGUGGCAGCUCCAUUUCGAACCAAGGACCAUCGGUGUUUGGUGGGCAGAUGGCAAACUCGCCAUCAACGAAUAGUCCAUUUGGCGGAGGAUCCAGUGCCCCUCAAACGGCAGCCAAUCCGUUUUCUAGCCCGUCCGUCGCGCAAUCUCCUUUUGGUAACUCUCCCCAGGGUGCAAACACGCCCCCCUCGAACGUACCCUCUCCUUUUGUAACUACUGCUCAAGGCAUUGGAAAUCAGAGCACAUUCUCAAACCCUCCCCCUCCUCUUCCAAGUAGAUCUAUUGGAGGAGCUGCUCCAUCCAAUCCAUUCCUAUCCCAAAGUGCCAACUCCACAAAUGCUGGAGGUUUAUUUGCUGCAGUCGGGGGUGGAAGUGGGUCAACCGGCCUUUUUGGCCAAAAGCUACCUGAAAUGACCGAUCCUUAUCGGUACACUCCACUCGAUCAGUUCAGCCCAGAGGAGCUAGCUGUGUUAAAAGGCGAGGAAUUUGAAUUAGGGCGAAUUCCAGAAAGACCACCUCCUCUUGAAUUAUGUUUUUGAAAUGGAAAGAAGUACAGAUACGCCACAAAUA